CAUUUAAAUCCAUUAGAUUCGCCCUUCUUUAAGUUCAUUUAAUAAGUCGAUUUUACUCGAUUAAAUAUAUUUUUCUUACAGAUUCAAUUUUCCAAUUUUUCAACAAAAAAAAAUGUUUUUUUCAAAAUCAAUUGUUUUUGCUUUGAUCGUUAUGGUCGUGGCCGAAUCAUCCAUUGUCUUUGCAGCUUCAAUUGCAGAGGAUUCUAUGUCAAAAUGUAAUCAAGCCUAUGCUUGUGGACGUAAUUCGACUUAUCAACGAAUGGUCUGUAUUCAAAUGAAACAAUUUUGCGAUGGUCGACCCGAUUGUCCAUUGGGUGAUGACGAAAAAAAUCCGGUUUGUGAAUCGAUCAAUAAAGUUCGAGAACAAAUAAAACGAUUACAAGGCACAGAAAAUGAUUUCUCCGGCACUGGUUUUAUGUUUGCCGUCAAUAAUUUGAUCAUCGAUGGUGGUUCAAAUGUGAAGAUGUUCAAUCAAAAUUCUGACAAUAGCGUUCCGGCAGCUGAAGAAAACAUAAUUGUCAAACAUUAAUUUCAAUGAAUGUAUUUUAUUAAAUUACGAUAAAAAAAAUAUUCAAA